AUGGCACUGGUGUCUCUGAUGUGGAGGAGAGAUGUUCAAUGUCAGGCAUUUGUGAAGAAAUUCUUAAGGAGUCAACUGUUUAAGAUAAUUAUGAUUAGCACCAUCUCAAUUAAUUCCUUUUUGGUGGUCUUGUGGACUGAUUAUAACACAAGAUACAACUUUUUCAGACUUUUUGAGGUCUCGGAGAUCUUCUUUGUGGCCAUAUAUAGCGCCGAGUUCUAUAUGAAGCUCUAUGCCGAACCCAUUGACUUCUGGAAGAACGGCUACAACCUGCUAGACUUGACGAUUAUCAUCGUUAUUUCAAUCCCCUAUACUCUCCGCAAGAUCAAGGGCAAGCACUACCCUCACCUCAAGAUUGGGGAUGGCAUACAGUCUCUGCGCAUCCUCAAGCUUAUCACCUAUAGUCGGGGCAUCCGGACACUCAUCACCGCCAUUGGGCAGACAUUCUACACUGUGGCCUCUGUGCUCAUCCUGUUCUUCCUCCUGAUGUACCUCUUCGCUAUCCUGGGCUUCUUCCUGUUUGGAGAUCCAAAUGAGGGCGACCUGGAAAACUGGGGGAAUCUGGCUUCGGCCUUCUUCACCCUCUUCAGCUUGGCGACGGUUGAUGGCUGGACAGACCUGCAGGAGCAGCUGGACAAGAGGAAUUUUGUUCUGAGCCGAGCAUUCACCAUCAUCUUCAUCUUGCUUGGCUCCUUCGUCUUCCUCAGCAUGUUUGUGGGUGUGAUGAUCAUGCACACUGAGAACUCCAUCAAAAAGUUUGAGCGGGAGCUGAUGCUGGAGAGGCACAUGACACUCAUAAAAGAGAAGCAGGUGAUCGUGAAGCGGCAGCAGGAGGAGGUCAGCAGGCUGAUGAAGACACAGGCAAAUGUGGACUGCAAAAGUUUCAGUGAGCUGGUGGAGAACUUCAAGAACACCCUGCAGCACACUGACCCCAUGGUCUUGGAUGACUUUGCCACCAGCCUGCCUUUCAUCGACAUCUACUUGGCCACUCUGGACAACCAGGACGCGACGAUUUACAAGCUCCAAGAGCUGUAUUACGAGAUUGUGCACGUGCUGAACCUGAUGCUCGAAGACUUGCCCCAGAGGAAGCAGUCGACAAUCGUCAGCAAGGAUUGA